GCUAUCUUCCUGAGCCCUUUAAUAAGUACGGUUUUUUAAGUUCGGUUCCAUUGGACCAAGUGCUCCCCUAUCCCAGCGACCAUCCCACCUGACGAACGGGCGAAGCUCGUUUUAUGUCCCAACUACCAUUCUUAGGCAUACGCUUGUUGCGACUCCUCCAGAUUCACUCAUGUCCGCCACCGCCACAGCAACAACCUCUGAUUCACAGGCGCCUGAGCAGCCAAUUCUAAUCCCUUCACUUCCAAACGACAUCGCUUUAAAUAUCCUAGCUAGGCUACCUCGGUCUCUCUAUCCUCUCCUUUCCCUAGUCUCCAAGCCUUUCCGCUCUGUCUUCUCCUCCUCUAUCCUCUACACCACCCGCUCUCUCCUUCACUGCUCCCAAUCUUUUCUCUAUCUCUGUAUACGCAUCUCCACCACAAGCUCCCUGCACUGGUUCACACUCUAUGACAACUUUCCGAACCCCACAAAACCUCCAAAUUUCCUGGUCCCACUCUCAGCUACCCCUUCUACUUUAGUUGGCUCUGCUCUGGUUUCUGUGGGCCCCAAGAUCUACGUAAUCGGCGGCUGCCUGAAGGACAUCCCGUCCUCCCACGUAUGGGCUCUGGACUGCCGCUUCCACACCUGGGAAUCCAUUCCCAACAUGAGAAUUUCCCGCGAGUUCGCCGCCGCUGGCGUGGUGGAAGACAAAAUCUACGUCAUCGGCGGUUGCGUUGUGGAUACUUGGGCCCGGUCGAAGUAUUGGGCGGAGGUUUUCGAUCCAAAGACUAGAAUUUGGGAUUCAGUGGAUAGCGCGCAAGAUAAUUUAUUGCGGGAGAAAUGGAUGCACGCCAGUGUUGUGAUAAAUAACAGAAUCUAUGCAAUGGCGGACAGGAACGGGGUGAUUUACGAGCCAAGAACUAAGAAAUGGGAUAGCGUAGGGAUUGAAUUGGAUUUGGGAUGGAGAGGGAGGGCGUGUGUGGUGGAUGAGGUUUUGUAUUGUUACGAUUUCUUGGGAAAUAUUAGGGGUUUCGAUGUGGAAAAGGGUUUUUGGAAGGAGUUGAGAGGGGUGGAUAAGGAGUUGCCAAGGUUCUUGGCUGGGGCAACAAUGGCAAAUGUUGGUGGGAAGCUGGUGGUAGUUUGGGAGAAGAGAGGGAGUGGAAGUGGGAUUCAAAUUGGGAAUGAGAAUGGGAAGGGAAAGGGAAAGGAAAUGGAGAUUUGGUGUGCUGAAAUUGAGGUGGAGAAGAAGGGAGAGGAGGAACUGUGGGGCAAUAUCAAAUGGUGUGAUGUUGUUUACAAGGUUCCAAUUGGUUCCUCCAUUGUUCAUUGCUUGGCAGUUACACUGUGAGGAUCUGAUGGAACAAGUCAUUGACAUGUGAUGCAGGAGAAACUUGACAUCCCUUCAAUCUUGCCUUGAGAGGAGGUGUUGGAGUCUCGGCAAGGGAGCCAUGAAGAAGUUUGAGCCUAAUCUCCAUGUAUAGUCUCAAGCUGGCAUGUAAUCAGGAGACUACUAUGGCCAUGUGAAGGUUCCAAAUAUUCAGGGCAGUUGAAUUGGAGUUACUUGAAUAUCAAAAUAAUAGGAAUUACUAAAGUAAUGAUCCUUUUUGGUGCCUGCUGCCCAUGCAAUUAGCAUUUGUGUUUUGUUGUUAUUUCGUUAUUGUUUGUAGUAGUGCUCCAAGGCAAAAAGCCCUUGCCAGUUUUAUAAUGAAUUCUUUGGUGAAA